UGAAUUUCAAUCAGAAUCGUAUGAACUGUGAGAUCAGUUCAGUUUAUACGUGCUUCAGUUUUGUUACCAGCCGUUAAAAAAAUUCGGAAAGUAAAAUUAUAAAUAGAUGUACUUUUCAUCAUGUUGAUAUUCCGUUAAGUAUACAAUAAAUUCUUAAAAACGAUUUCAUUAUUUUAUUUUUAGAACGCUUAAACCAUCAGUACUUUUAUUGUGUUGAGAUAUUCAGUUAUUUACAAAUGGAAAAAUCAUAAUUUUGUGAGAACUGCAUACGAAUACCGGAUAAUAUUUGUUCCGUUUAAUUAAAUUGAUUGAUUUAUAAAUUUUCAUCAUUUUCAAUCGUAUAUUAAUUUAUUGUCUUUAGAUGUGAAUUUAUAAUAGAAAUUAAUAAUUUAGAUGAUUUUCCUAAGUUAAUUGUACUCAUGCAUCAAGAAAAAUUUCUAUUACAAAUGUGAAUAAGUGAUAAGUUCCUUUGGACCUCCUUUUAGUGUACAUGCAUAACCAUGAUUAACCAUCUUUUUUAUUAGUAAAUUAGUACUAUUAUGAAAGAAUCGAUUUUCUCCGUUUAUUGAUGUUAUAAAAAAUAAAACUCUCCAUUGUUAAUUUUGGAGGUUAGUGACAGAAUCAACAGUGACAAACGAAAAAUUAUUAAAUUGUAUUUCAUUCAUAGUUUUCUAAAAUAGAAUUGAAAAUUUCGACAACAGUAAAUAUUGACAGAUUGGGUAUAUCACUAUGUUUUCGAUUGAUAGUUUGGACAUUUUCAAUAAGCACUAUCUUUAUGACAAUCAUCCAUUUUUAAGGGGCCCGAUAAUUAAAUCAUUAUCAUCAAGCUGUACUUCAGAAGCAGUUGCUUUUUUUUCUGGGAUCGAACCUAAAAAGGCAUCACGAAGCACAGGAAGUUCUGACUGCAGU